AUGGCCAAGAAGAACAAGAAGGAUAAGGAGGCCAAGAAAGCUCGUGCCGAAUUGAAGUCGAAGAAGAGCCAAGGUAAGGCAGCUGAGAAGGAAAAGAAGAAAUCGAAGAAACUGCUAGGUGCUGAAGAAGAUGAUGAUUUGGAUAUCGAGCAAGUGCUAGCAAAUUUUAAGAAAGAACAAGAGCAGUUUGAGAAAGUUGUUGUCGAGAAUAUCGAAAGGCCAUCUAGGAGAAUAAAUCCAUCUAUGAUCGCUAAUCCAAUUCAUGGUAAAAGUGAACUAAUAAUGUUUGGUGGUGAACACACUAUACAAUCGACAUCCACAACCCAUUUUUUUAAUGAUUUGGUUGUCUUUUCCCCGGACAACGAGCAAUGGAAGAGAAUCUCAUCUCAAAACUCCCCAAUGCCCAGAUCAUCGGCAGCCAUGGUUGGUCACCCCAGUGGUGUAGCUCUGUUGCACGGUGGUGAAUUUUCUUCGCCUAAGCAGAAUACGUUUUACCAUUAUUCAGAUACUUGGCUACUGGACUGUGCAACUAAAGAAUGGACCAAGAUUGAGCAGAAAAAUGGACCUUCCGCUCGGUCAGGUCACCGUAUGGCUGUUUGGAAAAACUUCAUCAUAUUGCAUGGGGGGUUUCGAGACCUUGGUACUUCGACCACUUAUUUGAAUGAUUGCUGGCUGUUCGAUAUUACAACUUACAAGUGGAAACAAGUUGAGUUCCCUCAAAACCACCCUGUUCCAGAUGCACGGUCAGGCCACUCUCUGAUUGCCGACCAAGAAGGAGCGAUCUUAUGGGGUGGAUAUUGUAAAGUAAAAGCCGGUAAGGGUUUGCAGAAGGGGAAGAUUCUUACUGAUUGUUGGUACUUGAAGAUGAGUUCCAAUACCAGUGCAAUCAGAUGGGACAGAAAGAAGAGACAGGGGUUCCAACCUUCUCCUAGAGUUGGUUGCUCUAUGGUUCCACAUAAGGGAAGAGGUGUUUUAUUUGGCGGUGUUUACGACUUUGAAGAGACCGAAGAGAGCCUGGAGUCAAACUUUUAUAACGACGUCUUCACUUAUCAAAUCAACAUGAAUAGAUGGUACUCAUUAUCAUUGAGACCCCAGAGAAAGAAACAAGUCAAGUUGAAUAAUAGGAGUACAAAGGACCAGGAGAAAGAAUUAGAAGAUUUACUGAAUAAGAUUCUUCGAAAUGCCCAGUUAGAUGAUCAAGGGGAGGAAGAGGAGAUCGAUGCUGCAGAAGAGAGCACAGCAGUUGAGGAAGAUUCAGAUGAAUCAGAAAGUCUCGACAAAGAACAUGUUAUUAUGAAUGAACUACCACAUCCAAGAUUCAACGCGGCCACUGCAGUAGUUGACGAUACGCUAUUCAUUUUUGGUGGUGUGUGGGAAUUCGGUGAGAAGGAUUAUUCUAUUGACUCAUUCUACGGUAUCGAUCUCAACAAAGCUGAUGGGGUCACCGUAUACUGGGAAGAUUUAACUGCCUUAGAAAACGCCAAGGAUGAAGACGAUUCCGACGAGGAUGAAGGCGAAGAAGACGACGAUGAUGAGGAAGAUAGUGAAGAAGAACAGGUUGACCAAAAGCUGGUCGCCGAAGAUGAGGACGAAGAGGAAGAAGAGUUUGAAGAAGAGGAAAUGGAGAUCCCAGAUCCACGCCCAUGGCUCCCACACCCCAAGGCCUUCGAGUCACUACGUUCCUUCUACGUUCGUACUGGUGCUACCUUCCUCGAAUGGGCCAUCUCGAACAACAGACAUGUUAAGGGCAAACAUUUGAAAACGAAGUCCUUCGAGAUCUGUGAGAGUCGUUGGUGGGAGAGAAGAGACCAAGUCAGACUCGAGGAAGACAAGCUAGAAGAGUUGGGAGGUGUCGGUGAAAUUAUCGAAAGAGAUACGACAAAGACCAAAAAGAGAAGAUAA